CAACAUUUUUCCAAAUAUCGAUCCAGCUUGAGUCUUUUCUUCAGAAUUCCCAAUCUGAUCGGAAAGAAAAAAUCUCUCAUCACUUCAGCUCACCGGAAACAGCAAAAAGAACAAACAACAAAGAAACGAAAAACAUGGGAAACAGUCUUAGAUGCUGUUUGGCCUGCGUUCUUCCCUGCGGAGCCUUAGAUUUGAUCCGGAUCGUACACUUAAACGGGUUCGUCGAGGAAUUCUCCGGCCCAAUCACAGCCCAAGAAGUCUUGAAGGACAACCCACAUCACGUCUUGAGUAAACCUUCCUCUCAAGGCAUGGCCGCCCGCCGGAUUAUGAUCCUCUCCCCGGAGACGGAGCUCAAAAGGGGCAGCAUCUAUUUCUUGAUACCGGAAUCUUCUCUGCCGGAAAAGAAGAAGCUCCGAAGCUUGCCCAAGAAGUCUUCCAAGAAAGUCAGCGACAGCGAUAUUGAUAUUAUUAGUACGGCUGCCGGAGCUGAUAGUUCGUGUGAAAAACAUUUGACGGAAGUUAAAUCGGAAAAGAAAUCGUCCUCUCGCCGGCAUCGCCGGAGAGGUUCUAAUGGUGUUUGGAAACCCCAUUUGGAGAGCAUUAUUGAAGAUUAGGCUCUUCUUUUUUGUUUUUCUUUUUUUUUUUUUUUUCUUUUUUCCCCCCUCCAUGAUACU